AUGUCUACAACAACAUCCAUAAAAGUUACCUAUGAUUCCAUCUCUAGACGUUUCUCAAUUCCAACCGAUUCACCGAACUGGUUGGAUUUAGAACGACAAAUUCGUACUCUUUUUCAAAUCCCUGCCUUAAAAAUCAACGUAUUUUAUAUUGAUGAGGAUGGUGAUGAAAUUACCGUUUCAAGCGAUUUAGAACUUGAAGAAAUCCUAAAACAAUUUACUUAUAAUAAUAAAAACAAACCUAUAAAACUUGUUGUAACUACACUCGAAACAUCUGAUACAUCUACCAUUUCUACAACCAAUGCUGUCACUACGGCUAUUGAUGCAUUUCCAAAUAAAAUUGAAGAUGAAUCUUGGGUUAUCGAAGCAGAAAAUGAUGAAGACAAUGAAUUUAUUAUUUAUAUUACUUCUGAUCAUCCUUGGCAUAACUCAUUUUUAGGAUUAAAUCGUGGUGGUUAUAACAGAUGUAAUGGUAGAUCUAAUUUUUAUGGACCACCAUCACAAUUCUGUAGACAACGAUUCAAUGAAAAUGGAACCCAUAACAACAACAACUACAAAUACAAUAAUUGUGGAGGUUUUUAUAGACAACCUAAGUCAUGUUACAAUAGAACAGCAGAAGAAAAUACUGAUUUGUCUGACAAGGUCAAAAUUUUAAAUGAAAUGGGAUUUCCUGAAGCUAAAAAUGCGAAACAUGAAAUUUUAUUAAGAAAAUUUAAUGGUAACAUUGAGCGUGUUGUCGAGGUUUUAUUAUACUGGCAACAAAAUAAUCAUUAUGAUGCGAAUAAACACGAUAAUCACAAAGAAAAUAAUGGUAGCAGUAGCGCUAGCAGUAGUAAAGAAGUCGAUGAAGUUUAUUAA